GGCUGAGGGUUUAGGACGAUCCAUUGGACGCUUCCUGCGCUCAGCUGAUCCGCCCAGUGCUCUCGUGUUUGCAAAAGAAAGAUGGCGGAUGACUGUGUGACCUGCAGCCCUGCACACGGAACAGACUAAAAACUUCACCAAAUAUAGAGUCGACCACAUCAGCCUGGAACGUACGGGGUUAACAGCCGCAUUUUAAGCUGCAGGCCUGUCACCCCCUCAUAUUUAAAGGGCCAAGCACUUUAUUUUUUCCUGCUUUUCUGGUUUCCAUUCCAGCUGCUGCUUUGCACCGAUGGCGGCCAUGGCGGAUCUGAGGGAGGAGUUGCUAUGUUCUCUCUGCCUGAACCUCUAUACCGAUCCGGUCAGCCUGCGCUGCGGACACAACUUCUGCCGGGAUUGCAUCGAGAAAGUUUUCCAGAACCAGAACCGACCCGGGGAUUGUAAAUGUCCCAACUGCAGGCGAGUGUUCUGGGAGCGUCCGGAGCUGCAGAGAAACAUUACGCUGUGCAAUAUCGUAGAGCGCCUCCAGGUGACGGAGCAGCAAGGGUUCAGCGUCACCUGCACCUACUGCGUCCACUUACCCGUCCCGGCCGUCAAGUCCUGCGUCAUGUGCGAAGCGUCGCUGUGUGAACUGCACCUGAAUGUCCACAGCAAGGCCCCGGAACAUGUAUUAACUAACCCCACCCAGUCCCUGGAGAACAGAAGGUGCCCGACCCACCGCAAGAUCCUGGAAUAUUACUGCACCGAGGACGCCACCUGCAUCUGUGUGUCCUGCCGGCUGGACGGGCAACACGGCGAACACCGGAUACAGACGCUCCAAGAGGCCGGCGAGAAGAAGAAGGAAGAGAUAAGACAUCUCCUGCAGGAGCUAAAAACCAAAAAAGAGGAAAUGGAGAAAAGAAUCAAGAGACUCGAAAUACACCGGAGGAACGUGAAAGAAAGAUCCGCCAAGGCGAAGAAGAAAGUCGCCGCGCUCUUCGAAGAUCUCACGAGACGACUGGAGGAUCUGGAGACGAAGCUGCACGGUGACAUCUCCCAGCAGGAGGCGCAAGUGUCGCUCUCAGUCACAGAUCAGAUCCGGCGGCUGGAGGAGAAGAAGGACGAGAUCGCCGGGAAGAUGAGUUCAUUGGAGGAGCUGUGCAGUAUGGCCGACCCGGUGACGCUCCUCCAGGAACGACUGUCGGACAACAAUGGCGUCUCCGAUACUGAGGAGGAAGAGGACGGCGAGGAGCUGGGGGAUCUGGAUGUAGAACUAAUCUCCGAGGCUUUACGUAGUGGACUAUCCCAUAUACUGAGCGACAGGAAAGACGUCGUCUACGUAUCGGAGGCGGUGGAUAUAUCUCUGGAUGUGGACACGGCCGGGAACAGUAUAGAGAUCGCCGGAAACCUCAAAAUCCUUUCCUGGACGAAAAAUACAGCGAACCGACAGCAAACAGCGCAGAGAUUCCAGUACAGUCAGGUCCUAAGCGUCCAGAGCUUUUCAGCAGGACGCCAUUACUGGGAUGUGGAGAGCAGCAAGUGGGGGGACUGGAGAAUUGGGGUGUCGUACGCCAGCGCUGCAAGGCAUGGCGAUCUGUCCUGGAUCGGGCACAAUAGGCAGUCGUGGUGCUUACGCCGGAGGAAUGAGGAAUACACUGUACGGCACGACAACGAGGACCAUCUGGUGCCGCACAGGAUCAUGGUCCUCAGGUUCAGGGUCCAUCUGGACUACGAGGCCGGGCAGUUGUCCUUUUAUGAACUGUGCGACCCAAUGAGGCUCCUGUACACGUUCACCGCCAGCUUCACCGAACCGCUGCACGCGGCCUUCUACCUAUGGGAGGACGUGUACGGGAGGAGGAGCUGCCUAAGGAUCAUCACCGAAACGUGACAAGAGUCACAUGACAAUCCGUCACCAAAACAAUAAACUAGAGCGCCUCCAGCUGUUCCAAAACUACAACUCACACAGUCCGCUAUGUGUUCUCUCCACUCUGUACACUCAUAUAUAUCCUCAUCUGUGGUGUUACAUAGGACUGCAGGUCACAUCUAUACAUUAUCUGUGGUGUUACAUAGGACUGCAGG